UAAUUUCGAAUAGCUAUACUCAAAAGUAAAAGAGAAAGAAAAUUUCACACUGAUUGAUGGUUGCACAAAUUCCAUUUCAUACAGAAUGAUGUAAACCUGAUGAAGGAUUUGGGAAUGGAUUCUUACAGAUUUUCCAUAUCAUGGACGAGAAUUUUCCCAAAAGGAACAGGGGAACCCAAUAGAGAAGGAAUAAAAUAUUACAACAGCCUCAUUGAUGCUUUGCUUGAAAAAGGAAUUCAGCCUUUUGUUACACUGUAUCACUGGGAUCUUCCACAAAUGCUUGAAGAUGAAUAUGAAGGAUGGUUAAGCACACAAAUCAUAAAAGAUUUUGAGCAUUAUGCAUAUACAUGCUUCAAAGCUUUUGGAGACAGAGUUAAGCACUGGAUUACCUUCAAUGAGCCUCAUAAUUUUGCACUCCAUGGUUAUGAUUUAGGAAUUCAAGCACCAGGAAGAUGUUCCUUGUUAGGUCAUCUUCUAUGCAAGAAGGGAAAAUCAUCCACUGAGCCAUACAUUGUUGCUCAUAACAUUCUCUUAUCUCAUGCUGCUGCCUACAGAAGCUACCAACUACAUUUCAAGGAAGAACAAGGAGGACAAAUAGGAAUAGCACUAGAUGUUAUAUGGUAUGAACCAAUAACAGAACUUGAUGAAGACAGAGAUGCAGCAUCAAGAGCUAUGGACUUCUCACUUGGAUGGUUCCUUGAUCCACUUUUCUUUGGAAAAUACCCUCUCUGGAUGAAGAAACUUGUAGGUGAGAGAUUACCAGAGAUUUCUUCUGCAACCUCAAAGUUUCUUGUGGGAUCUUUGGAUUUUAUUGGCAUAAACCAUUACACCUCAUUAUAUACUCGUAACGAUAGGACCAGGAUUCAAAAACUGGUUAUGCAAGAUGCUGUUUCUGAUGCUGCAGUUAUUACAACCGCAUACCGAAGAGGAGCUGCAAUUGGAGAAAAGGCAGCUUCAAGUUGGUUGCACAUUGUUCCAUGGGGCAUCAGAAAGUUGGUAAAACAUGUGAAAGACAAAUAUGGGGACACACCAGUAAUUAUAACAGAGAAUGGAAUGGAUGACCCAAGCAAACCCUUUAUGACCUUACAGAAGGCCUUAAAAGAUGAGAAGAGGAUAAGAUACCAUAGAGACUAUCUUUCAAACCUAUCUGCUGCUAUAUGGGAAGAUGAUUGCAAUGUACGAGGGUACUUUGUAUGGUCAUUGCUUGACAAUUGGGAGUGGAACAUGGGAUACACUGUACGGUUUGGACUUUACUAUGUGGAUUUCAAGAACAAUCUUACUAGGAUACCAAAAGAUUCUGUGCAAUGGUUCAAAAACAUGCUCAGAAUAGAUACAGAAAGGGGUAGUGAAAUUUGAAUUGUUGUCAUUAUACAUGAGAAAGCAUUUAGUAGUUGAAAAGUUCAUCGGGAAUUAAUGAAUGAAAAU